AUGCAACGCAAAUACAAUGGGGUGCUGCUCGACCUCACGUUCUACAACUGCUCCCUGGACGCCACGUUCGCUACAGCGGCGGCAAACGCACUCGCCAAAGACUCGCGCCUGAGAACUCUCGAGCUUCAGAACAAUCCCAUCCCUAUCACCGGGUGCACCGAAAUGAUCGAAGCCUUAAAGGUGAACAAGAGUCUCGCGACGCUCUCCUUUAACGUGACAGGCAUGCCUGCCGCCAACCUAAUGGCCCCCUUUUUUCAAGCCAUCGACGACUGCAACGCCGCCUCUCGCCUGAAGAUCAGCUGGGUUCAACCCCGUGGUCCCGACUUUGCCAAGGGCGUCGAAAAGUGCAGGUCUUGCAUCGUCAUGUGCAGUUUGGACACAAGACGCAUGCCGGAAGCCGGCGUCCUCCUGGACACCGUGAGAACCAGUACCAAAAACUUCGCGGCCACCAUCGAGUGCAGCGUUAUGGCACAGAGACCUGUGUUUCAAAAACUGGUCCAAAUCUGCGGUGCGACAAAGUUUCUCAGUGACCUCACGCUGAGAGUCAAUCUGUCGGAAAACGAUGGGAUAGACCUGAUUAGGUCGCUCGAGAGGAACAAAACUGUGCAAGUCCUUACCCUCUCCGAGUUCCUCUUCAGGAAAAGGGCCGUCAGAGCACUCGGCCAACUGGUGACAAACAACCGCCACAUCAAUGAACUCACCGUUACCAUUCGGGAAGGGGCAUCGGAGUGGAACCAAAUGAAGUCAGCAUGUCGUGAACUGAAGGAGGCCAUUCUGUCUAACCGCACGCUCACCGUCUUGAAUGUGGAGUUGAUCACCGUUAACCUGGCCAGCGACUUCGCCAUCAAGGACACCCUCCGGCGUAACGUGAUGUAUGUCAACGAGGCGGUCUAUUUCGUCAAGGGUUCCAACGAAAGGAGUCACGCCGCAGCCUUUGAAGCUCUGAAGAAAUCGUAUUCGCUGAAGAAGGCGGUGAAGCGGACCUUCAGUAUGACUGACGAUCAAGCGCUGGCAAAGAUAGAAGAUGCACAUAAACGGUUCGCUGCCAACUUCUUCAUGCUAACCGGUGUCGUCAAGGAACGAGUGCGCUGUGAACCGAACCCCAACGGGCUAGCCACACUCGAAGAGUGCGACGUGAGAGUACUCACACACCUUUGCCGCUUUAUAAACCUGAACGAUGUGCUGCAGGUUUGAAUCUCCAAAGGAUGGACAGUUUCCAAUUGCACUUUGCUGUUAGCAUGUUAAUCUUAGCCUCCUUAUGUUCAAAUUAUACUACUGUUGCGUCUGAUGCGCUUACUAGGUGUCUUUUGCGGCCAUGGAGAGUUUCACCGCGUAAACUAUCCGAAGUGGCCAAGAUUUCCUCGUAACCAAAUUCACUUCAUUCCCGCAGUUUUGUAUUGAAUAAAUCUUUUGGAAUCUCUA